UGCAGCCAAAUUGACUUUUUUAAGUGUGCGAUUUGAGUUUAACGGUUAAUCUCGCAGUGAAUUGAUUCUAACGCUAGGACACGCACACAGGACGAGCGCUUAUUCCCAACUGGCUAGCAAUUGAGCAAUUGUGAAAAUGGAUGCGCUACGCUUGCGUGGUUCGCCAUUUGUGCGCUUCGGUGGUGGGGCCGGGCAUGGACCCGGCUUGCCACAUCCACAUCCACAUCCACAUCCCCAGGCACAGGCACAUGCACAUGCCGCACACAGCGCUCAGCAGGAGCCGCUCAUUGUUGUGGAGGAAUCGAAUUUGCCCGAAGAAGUGGAGCCGGAGAGCUCUGAGACAUUCUCGAAUCGCGCCAGCCUGGACAUCGACUCGCCCGUCAAUCCCUACUUGCUAUCACCAUGGCGCGAUCCGCGCGAGGCCCGCAAACACUCUCUGCCCUCACAGCAGGUCACCGAGGGCAUCACCGCCAGUCAGGUGCGCCGUCUAUCCGAGCGCGGCGGCGAGGGCUCCGGCCCAUCGCCCAAGGAGGCAGCAUUCCUGGCCACACUCUCACAGGCGCCGGCUCCAUCUGGCCGCCGGCAUUCAGUUGUCACCAUCUCGAAGGUGCCCACCACACUCUUUGGACGCUCUCGCCGCGAAUCUGUCGCCGCCUACCCCUCGAGCAAUGGCAGCAGCCGCGUCUUGAACUCCCGGCGGGAGAGCAACACAGGACCCCCAUCGACAGACCCGAUUGGCAGCAUACACAAUCUGCAGCUGGACAUUAUGGAUGACAUCUAUUUGCAGUCGCGCAAGGCACGCUUGAAGCUCUGGACGUCGAGCAACGAGAAGGUGUGCGAGGUGCAGACGGUGGACGAGGUCGGUGCCGCUGCACCCGCCCGCCGCUACACGAACCGCCGCUACUCCGAGUGCCCCCAGCCGGGAGGCGCUGGCGGCAACAUUAUGCGGCGCGCCUCCGAGCAUCCACAGGCGCCGAGUGUGUCGCCGCAGCCGCUGUCGGCGCGUGCGUCGACGCGACGCAAGAAGUCGGGCAGCGGCCUGGGCCUGCUGGGCAGCCGGACGGACAUCGCUGGCAUAUUCAGCUCGAUCACUGGCUCUGGCAGCUAUUCGGGCCCCGAUGCACACCGGCCGGAUCCGGACGGCGGCUCGUCCAGCUCGUCGGGGGCCACCGGCAACAGUGCUACCAGCCCGUUCUUGAGCAAUACGUUCCAGCAGGCGGCUCGGGGACGCACCACCAGCGCCACGCCCACCCCGAGCGGUGGGCAGACCUCGAGCAGCAUGCUGCUCGAUCCGAAUGCUGGCCGCUCGACGCGCUCCAACAGCUUCGACGUGUCCAUCUUGAACAAUGCCAAGCAGCUGGUGAGCGAGGCGCAGGACAACAGCUCGGCGGCCAUAUCCGGCUGGUUUGGCAAGCGUCCGACGACGCCGCUGCCGCGCAAGAAGAGCGUGCGCAGCAAGAGCAGCGCCAUGGCCCUCUCCAAGGACAUGCUCGAGCGGCUGCAGAAGAAGGAUCCGCUAGGCGGCGACUCCGGCAAGCCGAAGCUAAAGCCGCGCAGCAAGCAGAAGAAGAGCUGGACCGACGCCACCAAGGCGAACAUUGUCGAUGCCACCAUCCUGGGCACGGCCAUCGAGGGCUUUCUGCGCAAGAGCUCCAAUGCCAGCAUGGGCGGCGGCAUGAAUCCAGCCGGCGCUUCGACCUCAUCGGCCAGUCGCUCAGCGGCGGCCAGUGGCAGCAGCCGCGGUGCUGUGCCCAAGGACUCCGGCGCCAGUGGCAGCAGCUCCAGUGGCUCUGGGGCUGGGAGACGUGGCCGGCCAUCGGCCGCCAGCUCGGCCCAGUCGCAGGCUGGACGUGCAAUGCGCUCAACGCUCAACUGGUUCAGCAAGGGCGACGAGGACGACUCGAAGGACACGUGCGAUGCUUCGCUGUGCGCCACGCUCAAGGAUCUGUUUGUCAAAUAGAUCGGGCCUCCGAGACGCAAGUAAACGGCCAGCAAAGCUACACGCAAUGGGAACUAGAGGAAUGUAAGGAUAGCUACUUGCAUCUCGAGCAUGAACAACAAGACAAACACAAUGAAACGAAAUCAUUUUGCAUUUUUCAUACAAAUCAAUCGAAACGAAACGCAGGAUAAGUUACUAACAGCCGGAACAAAAGGUACAAUUUGAAACAAUAACGGUAAAUCGUAUAGGUGAUCUGAGUGACCAGAGUGACGUGGCACACGUAGUAGUAAAUAGCAAUAGCAGAGAUACAUUUUUUAAUGGCAACAGUGCAGGUGAGUUUUGUGAUUAACGCUGGGCAGGGAGAAACCGUGGGCGAGGCAGGCCGAAUGACAAAUUUACCCCAAGAGACGGACAUUGAAGCAUACAUAUUCUAAUAGAAAUAUAUACACCCAUAUAUAUAU